AUGGCUGCAGCACAUCAGUCCCGGCCCGAUGUGGGCGACAUUCUCAUUGUCAUCCACGACUUCCAGGCUCGCAGCUCCGACGAACUCACGCUGGCAAAGGGCGACCGGGUAGAAUUGCUGGAUCGUGAUGAUGAAUUCGGCGACGGCUGGUUCCUGGGAAAGCAGAUGGUCAGUGGGAAUACGGGACUCUUCCCAGAAGUGUACACUCGACCAGGGCCUAAGAGCUUCCUGACUGGACCGAGUGCGCUAGCUGCUGCAAAGCAACAGUCCAUGCCGCCUGUCCCAGAAGCUGAAAGCUCACCUGAGGAGAGCCGAAACCAGACGCCUACCGAGUCGGAAGAAGCAAGUAGAGACAUGGGUCUCGCGCCGCAAACAGAAAACGGGUCGCAAGCUGCGGUCGCCUCUGGUGUGCCGUCCCCGACUGCUGCUGCCACAACAAACAAUGUAUCGCCUCCCACAACAGCUGGUACCCUAACAGACACCAUAUCAACAUCAGACUCUUCACAGCCCUCGCCGUCUUUCGCUGCCGUGUCAGCCGCGGCGCCGGCUUCGUCCCUCCGAUCGUUGUUACAACCAACAACCCCCACUUCCUCCAUGACGCUAAACGGUCGCGUCAGCUCGAGCCAGGACAGCCAGGUCUUACACGAGACGCUGAACGUGAUCGACGAGCACAUUACGGACCUGCGCUCACCGUCCGACAGCAACGGAGGCAUGCUAGCUGUGACUGCGGACUCGGGCAGCGAGUACAGCUCGCAGCUCGACCACCGCAUGUCUUAUAUCCACGGCGAGGAGACCGACGAAGAGGAGGAGGCUUUGCACACACGAUCGGAGGUGGAGUCGUGGAACCCUGACGAUGUUGCUGAGUUUCUGUUUACAGCCGGAGUCGAGAAGCACCAUUGCGAGGUGUUCCGCGAUCAGGAAAUUUCGGGCGAGGUGCUAUUGGGCAUGGACCAGGCGUCUCUUUUCAUCAAGGCAUUUGACUUGGGCCCGGUUGGGCGGCGCUUGAAGACGUGGCAGAAGAUCAAGACUCUGCAGGACGAGGUCAACAACCUGGUGCGACCGACCACAAGCCAUACCCGACGAAGCACCCAAACAUAUGGCAGUGACGUCGGCUCUGAUGAUGCACGGCGCCCUAGCCGCAGCCGGACAAACACCAUCACCAGCUCUUCGAAUACCCCCGUCUAUCAGCAGCAGAGACUGCCCCCCAUCGACGACCGCCCCUUUUCCAUCCAGUCCAGACGCCUGUCUUUCAGCCAGGCCUCGAGGAUGGACCCUACCAUGUCGCCCGCCUCGCACAAGUCGCCCCAAGGUCUGUCUUCCGACGGUAAUGCGUCAGGACGGCCGGUUUUCCACGAAAAGAGGCCGUCGGCGGCGUCUAUCCGCGAUCUGCACCACUCACGUCGGCAUUCAUCUGUCGACUAUCGCCUGCCAAGCACGUCUUCUGUGGCUCAGCGGAUGUCCAACAACGGUAACUUUGCCGAGCCAGACGAACCUACACCACAGCAUAAGAAGCAGCCCUCGUUUGACCGCAAUUGGACGCUCGGCGGCGCCUCCGCCAAUACCUCACAGGCGCCACAAGGGCAGCGGGUGCAACGCGAGUCCGUGCAGAUGCGGCCCCUGUCUUCGGCCGGCGUUCGCGAUAUAGUGGCCAGCCCAGAGCUUGAUCUGCGUCUGGAUAUGGGCGGUCUUGCAGGCGGCCUGGGCGAGUCCGCUAUCGACUACGACCGGGGCUAUUUCUCCGGUCCCGAUACGGAGAACCGCCGAAAGUCUUUCCUACAGAAGAAGCAGCGUGAUAGCGCAUUGAAAUAUGGCCGUGGAACUGCGUCCAUCUCCGGAAACUCGUAUGCGGAAGAGCAGCGUGUGAGAAGUGCCACGGCCCUAUCGCGGCACUCUCGCUUUGGAAGUGUCGAUUCCGUACGAGACUCGACGAUAUCGCCUGCGGCGCAGAAAUACUAUGGAGUGGCUACCAAUGGCGGUUCCGGUCCGCACCGCAGAACCACAUCUUCCAACACGGCUGAUUCGUCGAUCAUGCGACCCAUUCUACCUCCGAAGGAUACGUUGGCUCCUACCGUCACCCGGCUUGACACUGCUUCGAACAACAACAAUGGGCGGACCUCCUUUGACAGGACACGGCCGUCUCCUGUCUCCCCUGCAUCACCGGCAUCUAACCGCAAUGGCGAGUGGUUUUCCGUGAAGCCUGGCUUCAAAGCCCCUGGGUUUGGCUUGCGUGCGCUGUCAGACGCCGUCUCUGGCCAUGAUCGUGGCAAGAUCAUAUCUCCCGUCGCUCAUUCCGACACCUUUCCCAAGGACUCGCCCAUGCAGUCUCCAUCACGAACUGACUCCAGCACGCCAUCUGUCGGCCCAAGUUUUGAGCUCGACUCGCCUGACGCUAAGAGCCCCAGCACCACGGGCACUGGGAUGUCAGCCCGCACGAACGCUGCCCGCAGAAAGAACAAAAAGGAGACCAGCGCCUACCAGCGCGGGCUGCUGAAGAUCUCGCCUCGUGAAGCCAUGCUAGAUGCGGACUACAGUGGCUGGAUGAAGAAAAAGAGCUCGAACCUGAUGGCCACCUGGAAGCCCCGCCUGUUUGUCCUCAAGGGCCGCCGGCUGGCCUACUACUAUUCCGAAGACGACGAGGAAGAGAAGGGCCUGAUUGACAUCUCUUUCCACCGUGUGUUGCCGGCCGACAACGAUCGUCUGACGGGACUCCAUGCUACCAUCAUGGGAGCCUCCGCUUCGCCAGCCGUGCCUGCGAACAGCUCUAUGCCGACGCUGGCAGAAACAGGCGCAGAUUCGGAGAUGGCACUCAAGGCGGCGACAUCAUCGGACUCCAUCUUUAUUUUCAAGCUCACGCCGCCGCGAGCCGGCCUGUCUCGGGCCGUCAACUUCACCAAGCCCAUGGUGCACUACUUUGCGGUGCCGAACGUUUCGCAAGGGCGCCUGUGGAUGGCAGCACUAGUCAAGGCCACUAUCGAUCGCGACGACACCGUGCCUGUUACGACCACAUACCAGCAGAAGACCAUCUCUCUCACCAAGGCGCGCGAAAUGCAACACCGACCGCCGGCGCUCAUGAAUCUUGACGAGCAGCUCAGAGCCAGCCAGGGGAUGCUAGAGGGCGACAGGGCCAUCAGGGACGAUGAUGAUUAUGACGACGCCAAUGUUUUGGGCGACGACGAGAAGAGGAUGUUGGUAGCAGCACUGUCUACGACCGGCCAGCGAAAGGUAUCGGAUAAGGCGGCCAACGGCCUGGGCAUCACAUACGAUGAAAAGGACAGUGGCGUGUCUGGCGUGUCUAGUUCACCAAGUGCAGACAGACUGGGAGUCAAGGUGCCGUACAAGGCAGAGAGUGCUCGAUCGCGGCAGUUUUUGUUCGAGCCCGAGAAGGAUGAUGACCGGUUUCCUAUGAGUGCAUGA